AUGCAUAUAUGUGUUUAUAGCCUAUUGAAUAGUCAUGUCACUACAGAAAAUGUAAGUAAAGUUAUAGAAAGUGUAUUAAAAUUAGUGAACAUUUUUCCAAAUAAACUUCCUAGUCCAAGCACAAUUAAUAAUUGGAACAUUGAAAGAGGAAUUUUGGUAAAGAAACAAUUGUCAAGUGUAUGUGAAGAACAAAAUACAACUUUACACUCAGACGAAACAUCAAAAUAUGGAAGUAGGUGGGGGGCUUUUGCCACAAGAGAUAAUAGUGGCAAUUAUAAAUUGUUAGGAUUAAGAAAUAUGGCAACAAAAUCAAGUCAAGACACAUUAGAUACUUUCAAAGAAAUCUUAACAGAUAUUAAUAUAGCAAGUGAAGAUGAAAGUCAAGGUGGCAAGAAAAUUUUAACAAAUAUAAAAAACACAAUGAGUGACAGAGCAGCUUCUGAAAUGAAAUUUAAUGAAUUAUUAGAAAACUACAGAAAAGAGGUUUUACCAGAUAUAUAUGAAAAUUACAAUGAACUAAAUGAAGAGUCAAGAGAAGCAAUUGAUAGGAUGAAUAACUUUUUUUGUGGACUCCAUUCUUUAGUUAAUAUGGCUGAAACAUGUGAAAAAACAUUAAAUGAAGUAGAAAUUUUGCAUUUUGAUAAUAAAAUUCCUAUCCAAAAUCCAACUUUUUUAAAAUCUGGUCAGUCUGGAACUACUAGGCUUAUUUUAACUGCAUGUAAAUCUUUUGCUAGAAGAGGAGAUGAAAAAAAUGGUUGCUAUGGAAAUUUUAAAACAUAUAUUAACUCAUUCUUAAAAGAAAAUAAUAUGCAAAGUGUACCUCUUCAACCAUUAAGAGGAAAUAGAUUUAACAUUUUAUUCACUAAUGCUGGACAUGUAUACUUUUUACAAAACGAAAUGAAAGAUUUUUUGUUGAAAACACCUAAGUCAAAUGCUCUGCUUUCUUCUGUUUUGUUUGAUUUGAAAGAGCCAUUCUUUUUGGCUGGAUGUAAAGCUCUAGGUUUGAUAUCAAAAAUUAUCACUACACCUCUUUGGCAUGUUAUCGAAUCGAAAGAAAUUACAAUGUCUCAAAUGAAUAAAAGAUAUCUGACUUUGAAAACAUUUUUGCAAGACUGCAGUUUAAAUUUAGAUGAUUUUAUUAAAGGAAAUAUAACACUUUUUGAAGAUGUCAAUGUGAAAAAAGACAAAGUGUAUGAAAGUUUAGUUAAAGAAAGUGAGAUAGAUGGGCAUGUUGAAACUAUUCUUUUAGUUAUCUUACCUGCAUUAUUAAAAUUAAUCACAAAACAGUAUAAGGAUCAUUUACCAGGUGGAAUUCAUGAGAACUUAAAUGAAAGAGAAGUAAGCAGUGUUGAUAAACAUAAUAAAUUUCCAGAAAGAGUUUUUUCAUAUUUAGACCACAUCGAUGCCUUGGUGCGAAAGGGUUGUAACUCAAUAUUUUGAAAUUAUUCAGGAGAGACAAAAAACUUAUUUAUUCUUUUACGUUCUAAUAAAUACUUCUUUAAUUUUGGUUUUUGGCUUUCAUUCAUUUACUGAUAUAUAAUUGAUUGGAAAGGUUAUUUUAUUUUGUCAGCAUAAAGAGAUAAUUGAUAAAGUUUCAGUUACAACCCUUUCGCACCAAAAAAAUAAAAAAAUUCAAAAAAUGAUUUGGUGCGAAAGGGUUGUAACUAAAUUUUUGCUUUAAAUUCUGAUAAAUGUAAUAGGUCAAAUGAACAGAUCCAAGCUUAGUUGUGUUUAGUAUGAACUAAUUUAACAUAUGGCCUGGAUAUUUCAGUGAAAAACCUUCAAAUUUUAUGUUUUUAAAAUAAAAUUUCAG